AUGUCUGUUCCUGAUGAGGCACUUCCUGCACUGGUGGCUGGGGGUGUUGGCAUCGUAGCCGCGGUUGUCUUCGUAUGCAGUGGUGCUUCCUCACAGCCAACAACGUGGGACAAAGAGGAAAAAGAUGACAAGAAAAGGGAAGACAAAGAAAAGCGGAAAGGGAAAGAAGAUGGUAGAAAACAGACAGACACGGAAGAAGAGGACGAAGAUAGCGAUGCAGAUGGUGAUGGCGAAGAUGAUGGACACUCACGCAAAGACGGGCGCACAGAUGCGCCCACGGUGCUUGAAGCCAAAGCAGCUAAGAACACAGAAAUGAAAGAUGGAGAGCCAACGAAAAAGGAUUUGCCAGUGGAUUUUUUGAAGAUGCGUCGGGGUAAAUUGUCACCGGAGCAGGAGGCAAAGUUCCGUCAAGGCCUUGCAAAUUUGCCCCCGGAAUCUAGAAAGGCCCUAAAAGACUGGGUGGAGAUGACAGGGACAGAUAGUAGCACUUGGACCUUGCUCGGGUUGAACUGCCUGUUCCUGGUCUUCAUUCUAGGUGUCAUCACUUUGGCAGCUGCUGCUGUUGUAGGUUUCUUUCAGAUCAACAUUUUCAGCUUGGAUGUUUGGCGUCAAGGCUUGAACAAGCUCGCUGAGGGUGAAGGGCCUUGGUCAAAUGUGCCAUCCCAGAGACCUGCAGUGCGUGAGAUCGCGCAUGAUCGACAUGACCUUGCAGAGUUGUAG